AUGAUGAAGCAAGUGGUUGUAAUUUUGACGUUAUUAGUGUGUUGUUAUUGCUUGGAGAGUAAUGAACAAUUACCGGAGGAAGCGAGGGCGAAGAAAAAGAAAGGAAUCUUAAGACUUUUGGCAAUCGCAGCGCUGGUGGUACUGUCAAAGCUAGCAGUAAUCAAAGUCGCAUCUUUCUUCUUCCUAGUGGCUUUCUUCCAAAAACUCUUUUAUUUGGGAGGAGUAUUCCUCACCAGCUACAUGAAGAACCAGUCAGGUCCAGGAUCCACAAUGAUGUACGGCCCUCCUCUGAGUCAGGAGUAUAAUACUGUUGGGUACAGCUAUGAGCCUGCUGAUCAGGAGCCAUUUCAACCUCAGGAGGGUCUGCCUGGUAUUGCUGAUAAACGUAACUUUAACGUAACUCAGAACUUUUUAAACAUACGUGCCAUAGAUUAA